UCUAUCUAUCUAGCCGUCAUUAUUAAUAUUUCCCAUACAAAUACUCGAUUGCCUACGGUAAUUCUGUAUCUAUGGGAGAUCUAUGGCCAUUGACCUGACGCAGUGACGCUGUCAUGUCAACGAACUGAUGAUCUUGGCGGUUUCAUUUCACCAAUAAUUUAUUACUAAAAACUCUUGAAAUGCCUCCCAAGAAACGUGAUAAGGAUAAUGACACUAACAAAAACUCAAAAAUUGACCACCUACAAGCUGACCAUGAGUUAUUUUUACAAGCAUUCGAAAAACCUACUCAAAUAUACAGAUUCUUACGAACACGCAAUAUGCUUUCGCCCAUUUUCCUCAAUAGAACUCUUUCAUACAUGAAACGGCGGAUGUCUAGGAGUAAUAAGGGUCGAUGUGGAUUCAAAAUCGACACUCUACUAGAGAAAAUCACCCUAAAAAAGAGCACAGAACUGCAACCAAACAGUUUAGGAGGUUACAUGACUUUAACAUUUCUAGGAUUUUAUGAUAAAAGUUUGGAUGACCCAAGAGACUACCAAGUAAAGGUGGAAACACUAUUGUUGAAGAUAUGCCACAAGAAAAGGAAAGAAAGCUCUUCUGCUAUAGUUGAAGUUUCAGUCGGUAGCUGUUCUGUGCCACUCAACCCUUCCACAUCAGAACCUCCAGCUAUGGCGUCCGCAGUGAGCAUCUCCAGCGAGACCUUCAGUCCCUCACAGGGGCCCAAUGUAAAGUCUUACAUGCUCAUGCUGAGGGUCACAGUGACUAAGGCAUCCGCCAAUACAAAUGGUGCGACUAGUUCUACUGAAAUUACUAAUGGCGAUUGUAUUGAACCUGUCACCAAGAGGUUGAAAUCGAACUCGACGGACCACCUCAACUCGCCGCCGGACAACAAAUGGACGAAGCUAUACGGCAGCGAGCUGAUAGUGUACGACAAGCACAACCGCUGCCUGCUCACCAACGGCGAGUACGACCUGGUGCUGCACGACGCGGCGCCGGGCGGCCGCGGCGCCGCCAUCGCGCGCUCGCCGCACAAGGCGCUCAUGGCGCAGUGGGAGACCAUUCCUAAUGAAAAUGAACUACAAACAGACACAAAUCCAUUUGACAUAUUUAAAGUGAGACCACUGUUGAAACUCAAAUUGAGUUGGAGUCAGGAACCGACGAACGGUCUAGUCAAUCGGCCCAAACUGUACCAGCAGAGCGAGACUAAUGGAGCUAAGAAGGAAAGUGGUUCGAGCAAAGACCGUUUGUCUAUGAAGAACGGCAAUAGUGAUAGUAAAAAUGGUGAAAAGUCAAAAACAGAAGCAAGCGAAGGGGAAUCAAAACGUCAACAGAUAAUAUACCAGUUCCUUUAUAACAAUAACUCGAGGCAGCAAACUGAAGCCUGUGACGACUUACAUUGUCCGUGGUGCUCACUCGACUGCGGCUCUCUAUACUCGCUGCUAAAACAUCUCAAGCUGUGCCAUUCUAGGUUCAACUUCACUUAUUUCCCAAUCCCCGGCGGCGCGCGCAUCGACGUGUCGAUCAACGAGCUGUACGACGGGUCGUACACGGGGUCGCCGCACGACCUGAUCGCGGCGCAGGGCCGCGGGCCGCCCGCCGCCGGGCCGCGCGCCGGGCCCGCGCGCCGCACCGCGCUCACGCACGUGCUGCUGUGGCGCCCGCGCCGCGCCCGCCGCCCGCUGCGCCACAGCCUGGCCGAGUUCCUGGAGCUGGACGACGCGGAGGUGGUGGAGGCGCAGAGGCCUUAUCUCACUGGACAUAAUAGACUGUAUCAUCACACAAUAACUUGCCUGCCUGUGUACCCCAACGAACUGGACAUAGACUCUGAAAGUGAGACGGAUCCUCUUUGGCUGCAGCAGAAGACGAUGAUGAUGAUAGACGAGUUCACCGACGUCAACGAGGGAGAAAAAGAACUCAUGAAAAUGUGGAAUCUCCAUGUGAUGAAGUACAACUAUGUGGGAGACUGCCAGAUACCGCUAGCCUGCCAAAUGUUCCUACAAAUGAAAGGGAAGGAGCUACUAGAGAAGAAUCUGUACAGAAACUUUAUUCUCCACAUGUGUUCUCUCCACGAUUUCGGACUAUUAAGCCCCGUUGCGUUAUAUCAGACAAUACAAAUGCUGAACCAAAUGUUGGCAGACAAUGCUGAAGCCAAAGAAAAAAUGCGCGAGUCGCUCAAAGCGCAGAGAGAACAUUGGCAUGCUGUAGGGAAAUACCAACAACCGGCUAUCAUAGAGCAAAAACCACAAACAAGUAUAGCUAAACUAAACAAUAUCGAGGCUUCACCAUCCGUUAGACGGAAAACUUCUAAUCUACAAAACGCUAACCGAAUGGCCAGCAAUGCUAACUUCAACAAAUCAGCUAGCCCUGGACCAAGCCAUACAGAGACUAAAAGGAAAAUGUCUUCAGGCAGUAUUCAGAGUCGCAAACGGUCUUCAAUAUCAGAAAGAAAGAGCUCCGUAUAGCGAAUACUUGUCAUGUGUGAGUACAACUAGGAAUCAUAUUGGUACGUAUGAUGAAAUGAGCUUGUUAAUGGAAAGAUGUAAGUUUAUAUAGAUUAAGUCUCGAACUGUGUUCACCCUUGUUGUAUUAGGCAUGUUUCGUGAGUUUUAGUAAUAAAAAGUUGAAAACAAAGUAUUCUCUUGAAUUUGACGCAUAAGCUAUUGGGCAUAAUAUGGAAAU